CGAGGUAAAAUUGAACUUCAAUAUUUUCCUUUAUCAUUUCAUACACCAACCAAUAUUUUCCUUUUCUUUCUCUCUGCAAAAAAAACACAAAUUGAAAAAGAAAAAAAAAGAUCCAUAAAUAUGAAUUACAACUAAAAAAAAAUAAAAAAAAUCCCUUUUCUCUUCAUCAACAAAUGUUUUAUGUCUUUCACUUCCUUUCAAAAAUCAAGAUAUUCUAUCUUCAUUCGUGGCCAUGAAAACAGAGCAAAAAUUAUCCAAGUCUUCGUGGACUAAAGUAGUAGUUAGGAAAUGGUUGAAUUUGAGGAGCAAAUCUGAGGAAUUUCAUUCAGAUCAUAUAAUAGAUGUGAUGGGUGGUAGAGGAGAAAGAAGAAGGAAGAGUUGCUCCGACGACGGGGGUUGCGCCGUCGUGCCGGAGGAAUUAUCCGAAAGUUGGUUGAUGGAAAGAAAUAGAGGAAUUGAAGAGCCAAUGACUUCUACUCAUCAAAACCUUAGGAUGUUCGUGGGGACAUGGAAUGUUGGAGGCAAGUCACCAAAUGAAGAAUUGAACUUGGCUGAUUGGUUGAAUUCUAGUGCACCGGCUGAUAUUUAUGUCCUCGGGUUCCAGGAAAUUGUCCCUCUAAAUGCAGGCAAUGUUCUAGGUCCAGAGGACAGUGGACCAGCUUCCAAGUGGCUAUCAUUGAUUCGCCGAACAUUGAACAAUGACACAAAUACCCCCGAUCUUUCUCAUUAUUACGACAACACCCCUAACUGCGAGCCCCCGUCCCUCGAUGACUUGUACCACCAACAAUCUAGUCCGAAACCAAGGGUCAGCUUCUCCGACUGGGAGAGGCUGAACCACGACGUAUCUCCUAGUCCAAAUUGCUUAUCGAAUCGAUAUUAUUAUAACUCUUCUAGCCAAGGGCAAAAUGGUAAAUAUUGCUUAGCCGCAAGCAAACAAAUGGUUGGAUUAUUUUUGUGCAUAUGGACUCGUAAAGACUUGUAUCAACACAUCACCAAUUUGAAGGUUUCAUGUGUUGGAACAGGCAUCAUGGGCUAUCUUGGAAAUAAGGGUUCGAUAUCGAUCAGUAUGACGUUGGACCACAAAACAUUUUGUUUCGUUUGUACUCAUUUAGCAUCCGGAGAAAAAGAAGGCGAUGAAAUUAAAAGAAAUUCUCAUGUCAUGGAGAUAUUGAAGAAAACAAGAUUCUCCGAUAUCGAAAAAUCUCACAUUUUGGAUCAUGACAAGAUAAUUUGGCUUGGAGAUUUGAAUUACCGUCUUGCAUCGGGUUGCGAGGACACAUAUGAGUUGGUUAAAAAUAGCGAUUGGGAAACACUUCUGGAAAAAGAUCAGUUAAGGAUAGAGCAAAGAGCAGGAAGAAUAUUUAAUGGUUGGAAGGAAGGAAAAAUUUACUUUGCACCAACAUACAAAUACCUUUAUAAUUCUGACCAUUAUGUUGCUCAUACAUGUACAUCCAAGGAAAAAAAAAGGACCCCUGCCUGGUGUGACAGAAUAUUAUGGAAAGGUGAAGGACUAAAGCAAAUAUGUUAUGUUAGAGGUGAAUCAAAAUUCUCGGAUCACAGACCAGUUUAUUCACUUUUCUCUGUAAAUAAUAAUUUUGCCCAAAAAUUACCACAGUAAAAAAAUAUUUUACCACCUUUAGUCCGAAAUCUUUCAAAUAACACAACAGCUCAUUCCAACUCAA